UAUUGUUUGAAGUCGGUUGUUUAAGUGGGUCUUCUGCGAACUUAAGACGGUAGCAAAAAUAGUGAAUACAAAUUGUGUUAUAGUGAUCGAUAGAACAAAGACGGAUAAUUGAAAACAUGACGGAAGUCAAGUCCUAUACUAGUCAAUAUCAGGAUCAGCAAUGUGACUACGUAAAUUCUGCUCAACAUAAUGUACAUAUUAAUAAUUCUCAGCAGGGUAUUCCAGUUUGUGCAAUAAAUGCAAACAAGCCGUUAAAAAAACAGACCAGUGCAUUGGAUAAUAUUGCUUUUCAUCUUGGGAUAGGAGCAUCUGAUUGUGACGAAGCUGAUGAUAGGAAUCUUUAUGUAACGUUGCUGUUACUAGGAAUAUUAGUGGUAAUAUUUGUAGCCAGUGUCACAGGGUUUUUUGUAAUGUGGUUUACUGAUGUAUAUGAUAAUUCAUUAUUAGAGAAACUCAAACUAAGUUACAACUCUACCGCAGCAGCAUGGUGGGAAAGACCACCUGUUAAUCCUUUGUUGAAAGUGCACGUUUUCAAUUAUACUAACAUUGACGAUUUCUUCAGUGGAAUAGCAGAGAAGCUCAAAGUAGUGGACUUGGGCCCUUAUGUAUACCUUGAAACAUCUGAUAAGGUUAAUAUUUCUUACAACGGGGAUGGCACUAUAACUUAUAAGGAAAACCGGGCAUACCAGUUUCUGGCGAAUCAAUCGAGUGGCAUGCAGUACGACAAAGUUGUAAUACCAAAUAUUCCUAUGCUUACAGCGAUAUCGAAAAUUUAUGAAGAAUCAUUUUAUAAGAAAAUGCUUCUUAAUGCGGCCCUAACGAAUGUAAAUGCAGAACCGUUCAAAAGUUUGCCAGUGGAUUCCUUUCUAUGGGGUUACGUAGAUGAGCUUUUGAGUUUGGCAAAAAGGUUUUCCUUCGACGAUGAAGUCUCUUUCGAAAAAUUUGGAAUACUCAUGACGCGAAAUGGAACCAGUUCUGAAACAUUUACUAUAUAUUCUGGUGAAACGGAUUUGAAGCAGUUAGCUGUUAUUAAAGGGCUCGAUGGCAAAUCAGCGCUUGAUCUCUGGACGACUGAAGAAUGUAAUCGGGUAGAUGGUACAGAUGGAUCUCAAUUUCCUCCACACUUAAUGGACAAACGCCAAACGUUAUACGUGUUUAUCAAAUCGCUUUGCCGAAAAUUUCCACUGCGAUAUGAAAAGGAAGUAACUCUAUUUGAUGGGAUUCCAGCCUGGCGGUACAAAGCUCCAUUAGAUGUCUUUGCCCACCCAAGUAUUAAUGCCGAUAACCAAUGCUUCUGUCAUUUGGAUUCGGCAUCAUGUCCUGCAAGUGGACUCCUCAAUGUGACUUUAUGCUCAUAUGGAGCGCCUAUUUUCGCUUCGUUUCCUCAUUUCUAUACCGGAGAUAAAUCAUUGCUAAAUACAGUUGACGGAUUAGACCCUCAACAAGAAAAACAUGAAACGUUCGCUGAUAUACAUCCUAGACUAGCGUUUCCGAUAGAUGGCGCUUCUCGCUUUCAGAUCAACAUACAAGUUAGAAAAGCGUCUUACAUUGGAGGACUGGAAAAAUUCAAUGAAGACCAAAUAUUACCAGUCAUCUGGCUCGAGGUAGUACCUGGUGUGAUAUCUGAAGAACUACGCAACAUGAUAUAUCAUAGUACUUUUAGUGCUAAUGCCAUUCAGCUAUCAUUUAAGUAUGGUUCAUUACUAAUUUGCGUAACUACUUUUGCUCUUUUAGCAGUUGCGUGUUAUUUUCGCACCAAGAACAAUUCAGACUAUCUCAAUAAAACAUCAAAUAAAGCAGUUAUUAUGUCGAAUUCCACAGCAGAAGGUAAAAGUAACGAAAUACAUUGAUUUAAGUAUGUUACACAUAGACUUCCAAACGAUAUGCAAGAAUAGUAAAAUUGCAUGGAACAUUUUGAUUAUAAUAAGCUCUACCUGUCGUCAAAUCAACAAUAAUGAACGCCAAUUUGUACGUAAAAACGUUAAUUGUUAAUAUCUAUUUGCUAGAAGUAUUGUUUUGAGGACAGCUAGUUAGAUUAAAUCAUAACACAAUUGAUGAUAGAUUAUAUGUUUUAGUACAAUCACUAAAAAUAUCAAAUAUAAUUUUACUAUAAUUCCAUCGUUUUUAUUAUCGAUCGUAAAUCAUCUGCUCCGUAUGGUAGAUGAAUGAAAUGAAAUUAAUAUUAUCAAUGUUAGGAAAAAUGUUUGAAUUUAUCAGAACUGAUCUGCGUAUCGCACACACACGUGUAGUCUUUAAGCUUAUAUAUGUUUCCAGUGCCUUACUUAAUUGUCAAGUGCAAUCCUCUAAUCGGCAAUCUCCAAUUAUCAGUCAAAACAUAGAAGAAAAUAAUAUUUCAUAGAUUUUGUUUUUUUUUCGCAUUAUUGAGUACUCGUGGAAUUAUUUCUUAUCCUACUUAGAUUUAGUAUUGUUUAUUCUUGGUGAAAUUACGGAACUACGACGGAAUAAUUGUGGCAAAGAUGCCGUAUUACUAUUUAUUUGAAUACGGUAAAGAUUUAUGCAAAUGAACGACGCCAUCUCCUCAAUUUUCGUUUACAUUGUGGAUUGACAAAACAUUUCUAUUACAACUAGUUAUUUUAAAGCCGUAGUAAUAUAUAAAAUCAUUGUUUCAAUAGGUAGUGAGGAAUAUAUCGUUGUGAAUGUUACUUCUAAUAACGAAGCGACUUUGGAAAACGAUAUCCAUGUCGCGAAAAAAAGUAAUCAAAACUCUCGGCUGGUUGAUAAUACUCGAUGUUCUAAAAACAUGGAAUUUGAAUAUUAUGUUUCGAUUUAUUUGGUUCAUAUUAUAUCUCAACUUUAAUUGAUUUUUGAGUUUGUUAACAUAAAUUUUAGGAAAUAAGGAAGGAGACUUAUGUCAUAACAUUUUUAAUUGCACAAGAUAGCUACGACGGUUGUUUCGGAUGUUGAUAGACUUUAGUAACAACGCAAAGCAAAUACUUUAUGCCUAAUCGGAAAGUAACAUUACGGCUUCGUAGCUGAUUUAUAGUAUACAGAACAAUUGAUUGAUUGGUGUUACGCUCACUGUUUUUCCCUGAGUAGCAUCUUUUAUGAGUAAAUAGUGCAUUUGUUUUAUUAGUUGAAACAUUGGAAGGGAUAGGACAUUAUAUCAAAAUUGAUAGUUAAAUUUUUAGUACGUUAUGCAGUUUCUUAGUACAUACUGCGGCUCUCUUUAAUAUAAAGAUAAACACAACAUAUGAACCCUGUUUCUUGUAUUGUGUUACUCCAAAUAUGACAUAAUAUCGCAGUGAAAAAGAUACCAUGCCUAAUCCUUCAAAGUUAGCUUUCAGAAAUGUAUUAUUUUAUGCGAAUUAGAAAUUUUCUCGAUUAAAUGCUUAGUAGGUACAAUUAUAAUCAUAUGUAUUCACGUGUAAAUAUUUCAUUGCCGCAUUAAUAUAAAUAUACGAAAUAACGUGUACUUUGUGAAUACUCAUAUGUUUUGUGUAUCGAAUGAAGAAUCAAGCAAAGCAGCUCUACACUAUAAGUGAAAUUAUGAUUGAAAUAAAUAACUUUCAAACCUGUGCA